CUGUGCAUCAAUCAGAAAGAUCUCAACCACAACAUAUAAACAUCAAAGAAACAGCAAUAUAAACAUCAAAGGAGAAUGGAUGAUUUCCCCUCCAAAAACUGGUAGUUAAACCUCUGAUUAUACCUUCAAAAAACGGAUCGUAUAGGAGGCCUCAACCUACCAACUCUAUUAAGAAGAAGAAGAAGUGUGCUUCGCCGCCGUACAGUGUUUCGUAAGAACCUUCCCUCGCGUACCGGGUUCAAAUUCAGCGCAGAAAGUGAAACAAUUCAAGCACGUUUGUUGAUGUAGUGAAUAUUUCCUUUUUUCCAUUGCAUACGAUUAUGCGCCUCGGACAUUUGGGAAAAAUCGGAAUCGGCUGGGGCAUCAUCAGUGUGCUAGGCAUUGGAGCGUUCGUCGCAUCGAAAAAUUCGGUCGACAAGAAUCGCUACGAGAAUAUGAAAAUUCGCGAACGAAUGCGCCAAUCGAACGUGGGUCAAUACGAAGUCAAGGAAGCACGACGGUUUGACGCAUAAGGGAAGCAAACGAAACACUCAGAGCCUACCCCGCUUGAAAGAGGCAGCAAACGCAAUAACAAUCGACAGGAGCAAUCAAUUAUAACAGCUUGUGGUUAUUUGUGAAAGCAAGAAGCAAACACCUCAACCGGCCCCACCAUGAGCAUGCCCCAGCUGGACGCGGCCCAGCAGGCCAAACUGCAGCUGAUGCAGGAGAUGGAAA